UCUUGCACAUGGCUGUCUUCUCCUCUCUCUCUAUCCCCUCACUCCCUCUCAUCUGAAAUCCCAUCCCUUGACCAGCUUACAUUGCUUUUAGCACCGCUAACAGCCAACUUUGUUUCCACAGCAACAAUGAACAUGGACAAUGAACCUCGCCACAAAAUUCCCAAACCUCUUCACUGAACCACCUACCCACCCUCUAAAUUGUAACAGGUCAUGUGAUGGCUUAGCUGUUCUCUGUGUUGAGAGGUCAGUCAGUCUGGUUAAGAAGACACUGCAGGAUAAGCCGGCUCUUACAUGUACAUUUCGGCUGUGCUUCUGUAUGAAAACUUCCUGCUUUCACAAAAGGCUGAAGGACACAAAGGCUGCAAUGGGCUCCAUGGAGGAGGAGCACACGUGCCCCAUGUGUCGUGACCUGUUUAGUCGAGCUCAACCCUUUCCCUGCGGCCACAGCUUUUGCCUGGCUUGUGCGCAAGAGGCCUGGAGCCAGAGGGGUACGCGAAGAUUUGUAUGCCCACAAUGCCAGGAGGAGCAGGGGCUGGUUAUGUGUGACUGUUGUCCGGAAGGCGAGGGUGACGAGGUUCAAGCAGCUGUGAAGACCUGCCUGCAAUGUGAGGUCUCUCUGUGUGAGCAGCAUCUGCAGCCACAUCUGCAACGGCCUGCUUACAGCACUCACCUGUUGGUGGAGCCAUUGAUGGACCUAACCCGCCGCAGGUGCCCCACCCAUCAGGAGGUAUUCCGGUAUUAUUGCAUGGAUGAUCGGGAGUAUAUCUGCCAAGACUGUAUUCUGGAAGGACGGCAUGCUCAACACCAGGUCAAAGGGGUGAGAAAAGUGGAGGAGGAAUACAAAGUCAAAUUACAGAGCCUGUUCGAGAGAGCAGAAGAGAAAGUAAAGAAAGGUGAAAUUAUGCUUCAAGAACAUCAAAAUGCUUGUGCGUCAAUCAUUGAGGACUCCUCUGUAAGUGAUGUUUCUAAGGUGUUACAGAUGGGCUCAGCCCUGCAGACUCGCGUGGGACGACUAGUGUCGGCUGUAAUAAACAUCACUGAGCAGGAGAGACAGCAGGCCAUGGGCAGGGUGCAGGAAGACUGCAGCAGGGUGAGAGAAGAUCUAAACCAAACUGAGAGCAUCCACCGCUUCCUCGGCUCCCUGCUGGAGGAGAGAGACCCCUUCCUGUUAAUCUGGGCAUACCAGACAGAGGAUUCACAGAUGAUGGCAGAUCUCAACUCCCCUCUGUUCACACCGCCUCAGCCCAGCAUGGAUAAGAAACAUGUUUUAGAGAAUGUGGAAAAUAAAUACAGAGAAUUCAUAUCUGAUACCCUGCACUGCCUAAUUGAGCUCAAGAGAGAUCUCUUAAGCAGCCCAUUAACCUUGGACAAAAACUCAGCCCAUCCACUCCUAAAAAUCUCUGAAGACCUACGCUCAGUGAUGAGGGUGAAAAAACGUUUGCCUGUCCCUGAGCAUCAAGACCGCUUCGACCACUGGUCUCAGGUGAUCUCCUGUCAAUUUUUUUCUUCAGGAACCCAUUAUUGGGAGCUGGAGGUGGAGGGUUUCUGGGAUAUAGCAGUGACUUACCACAGCAUUGGGAGAAAAGCAAAAGAGGGCACGGCCUUUGGCUGCAAUAAGAUAUCCUGGAGCCUGACACAGCAGCAUGACAGGAAACUUGCUGCCUGGCAUAACCGAAAGAAAACCCAACUCUCCGUAAAAAUGUCGGGCAACCAUUUGGCAGUGGCUCUGGACUAUAAUUCUGGCUCCAUCACCUUUUCAGAAGUAGGACCUGCUUCCACCCUGCUCCCCUUGCACAAUUUCAGCACCAGCUUCACCCAGCCCGUUUGCCUGGGCUUUGGCCUCUACAAACCAGAGCUGAACAGCAGGGUCACCGUCCUCAGGAAAACAUGACUGCAUUUACCUCUCGAAUUUGGGUGAAGAUGGGGACUGUUUAUUUUAUAAAGAGUUUAUUUCUUGAUGGAUAUAUCAUGGUAGUUGAAAAGGUAGACUGCAUUUUUCCAAGUUUUAGUUUUUCAUUUUCUUUUACAAUUAAAGUCUUGAUGUUGAAAAAACCUAGUCUAAUCUUUUAUAACUGUGGUUUUUCAUCAUCAUGUUUUCACUCAUAUUUUAAGGGGAAUGGAGAUCCGUUGCAUCUUUCUCCAUUUGACAGCAAUUCAAAAUUAGCAACAUAUAUAAAUCUCUAAUAUUUACUUCUAGUAUAGUAUAUAUUUCUCCAUGAGCGCAGAAAGAUUUGUUCAGCGGUUCGUCUAGUGGACGUUGUUUUCAAGUGCUAGUUUAAAGUUCAAGUUUAUCACUUAUAUAUGAAUGGUAUUAUUGUGUACCAUAUUGAUACUACAUAAAUACAAAAAAAAAAACAAAGAGAGAGAAAAUAUUUUCCAUUCUUUGUUAUCAACUACUACAUGAAAUGCAUUAAUCAUUACUUUAUGCCAGGGUUUCUCAAACGGGUUAGUGAAAGAACUGCAGGGGGUUUAAAAGAAGAUAAAAAGAAGAAUUGGGGAGAAUCAACAAAUUAUGAAUAUACCAUUGUUUGAAUAACAGCCUAUGUAGUCAUCAUGUAAUCCAUAAAAAGUAACUGUAAUCUGAUCUAAUCUAAAAUUUUCAAAUGUAAUAUAAUCUAAAUUACAAUUACUAAAUAUUUGAAAUGUGAUUACAUAAUCCAGAUUACAUGUAAUCAGUUACCCAGCACUGGCGCAGUUGUAUGCGCACCGUCCGCGCGGACACAAAAAUUGGGCUGUGCAUGGACCCUCCUGCUGCCAGAAAAUUACGUCACACGCACAGUUGCAGAAUGUGUUUGGGGUUUAAAUGCCUAAAAUGACCUUAUAUCUUUCCAUGUAGGCAGCCUUUUACGUCACAAUCAAUAGUGAAGGGUUUGUGAUUGUGUCCAUUUUCCUUCCCUAUGAUCAACCGCAUUCUCAUCCCAAGGCGUCAUAUGCUGACGCUUUUGCCAAUGCGUCAACUCUUUAGCGUCAAUAU